AUGCGCAAGCAAUUAGGGCUUCUAGAAGGUGUCGCGAUUAUUUUAGGGAUAAUUUUUGGUAGUGGUAUUUUUAUUUCUCCUAAAGAAGUUUUGGAAAAAACAGGGUCUGUUUAUGGUGCAUUGUCCGUAUGGGCAGCAUGUGGCGUUUUAGCGACCCUAGGUGCUAUGUCCUAUGCUGAAUUAGGAACAACACUGGCACAAAGUGGUGGUGACUACCACUACAUAAAUGAGGCUUAUGGACCACUUCCUGCAUUUCUUUAUUUAUGGGAUGCGAAUCUUAUUUUUGUUCCAAGCACAAAUGCUAUAAUGGCAUUAACAUUUGCAAAUAAUUUGUUGGAACCAAUCUUCCCAAACUGUCCGAUAGACUUGUUAAGUCAAAAACUUAUAGCUGCCAUUACAAUUUGUUUCCUAACAUUUAUAAAUGCCUAUGAUGUGAAAUUUACAACCCGAGUGCAAAAUGUUUUCAUGUUCACUAAAAUUUCUGCUCUUGUUAUUAUUAUAAUAGGUGGCAUUGUUUGGAUGGCUCAAGGUCGGUUAGACAACUUUGAGGAUGGCUGGGCAGGCACUAAGUCCUCUGUCGGUGACUGGUCUGUGGCCUUUUAUUCUGGAAUAUUUUCAUACUCAGGAUGGAAUUACCUAAAUUUUAUGACGGAGGAACUGCGAAAUCCAUAUGUUAACCUACCGCGCGCCAUCUAUAUAUCGCUACCGCUCGUGACUGGUAUCUAUCUAUUGGCAAAUUUAUCGUAUCUGGCAGUGCUGGGGCCUAUUGGAGUCAGGGCUACUGAAGCUAUAGCUGUCGACUUCGCGAGCGCGGCGCUGGGCUGGCUGCGGUACGCGAUGCCGGCGCUGGUGGCUGCCGCGGUGCUGGGGGGGCUGUCGGUGCACGUUAUGACGUCAUCGCGCAUGUGCUUCGCGGGCGCUCGCAACGGACACAUGCCGGAGCUGCUCGCGCACAUCAACGUCGCCUGCAUGUCGCCGCUGCCUUCGCUCGUAUUCCUGAUGCUGGUGUCGCUGGUGAUGCUGAUCCCGAAUAGCCUGACCUCGCUGAUCACCUACUGCACGGUGGUGGAGUCGUUCUUCACCACGCUCAGCUGCAGUGCGGUGCUAUGGCUGCGCUACAAGAAACCGGAUCUGCCGCGGCCAAUCAAGGUAAGCCUAUGGAUGCCGUGCGUGUUCGUGUGCGCGAGCGCGCUGCUGCUGGUGGUGCCGGUGGCGAGCGAGCCGGGCGCAGUGCUGGCGGGCGCGCUCAUCACACUGACCGGCGUGCCCGCGUACCUGCUGCUGGUGCGCCGCCGCGACGCCACGCACCCCCUGCACCGGCUCUCAGUUGGAUUCACUCACUUCUGUCAAAAGCUGUUUUUAUCCGCUGUGGAAGACGUGGAAUAG